CCGGCCAUGGCGGAGCGGCUGAUGGUGCUGUACGGGGACGACUCGGCGGAGGUGCACUACGCGGGGGGGGGCCGCCUGCUGCUCUCGCCCUGCGGCUGCGAGUACCGGUACGACGCGGCGCGGUCCGCCGCUUCCCACCAGCUGCAGCCGGCCCAGAGCACCCGGCAACGGACCGCCUUCUGCCGCAGCGCUCACCGGGAACGACUUGUACGAGCUCUAGAUUUCCGGAACAGGUUCUCUUCUCGCCCAUACUUACCUUCACAUGUUAUACCUCCAGAAAGAAAAAAGAUUAUUUUCAGGGAUAUCUUAGAAAUUAGAUGGCCUGACCCUGCUACAGCUGAUCUGACAAGAUGUGCAGACAAUGGCAGUGUGAAAAUCUCAUCAGUAGAUGGUUAUGCUCACCUUUACCUGUCAGAAUUGCAGCAGGAAUUCACAGUGCAGUUCUUAUGCAAAGUCAGCCAGUCAUCUGCAGCAUCCCUACACUCAUCUGAAAAGAACAGCAACUAUCAAACCAGAGAUCAGUAUGGAAAAUCAAGAAAGAAUCCUGUUGCUGAAAUGUCAUUGAAACAAAUGAGAAUAGAGGGUAAGAAGAAUGAUCAAGGUUGUGCUGAAGGUAAAUACAGAGAAUCAACCAAUCCAGAGGACCAAAGAGACACAGAUGGAGUCCCUUUGUUCUACACGAAUCAUUCUUGUGAAUACAUAUGGGUUACACAGUGUUGGUCCGUCUCCUCCUACCCGGAAGAAUGGAAAUACCCUUUGUCACUGGCACUAAUGUGCUAUAACUUAAACAAUGCUAAGAGGGUAAUGCAGACAUGUGAAAAAAAGAACCAUCCAUCUAUGGAAACUGAUGUUUUAAUAGACCCUGGAAAAAAGGAAACAGUUUCUCAUUUACCUACAGCUUUGCCACUCAGUUGCAGAGCCCCACACUUACACAGGUGGACUUUCUGUGACUUCUUUCAGAAUGAAGACAUUGAAAAGUAUUCAUGCCCUCAGCUAAUUCAAAUCGUAUGGUGGCAAGGUGUUUUUUAUAGAUUUAUCCAUGGUAGGAAAAACAUCAUAGAAAUCUAUCCUGGUGAUGAUUCAGUUCUCAAGUCAGAGGGAACACUUUUUGGAAAUUAUUUCAUACACUAUGCAAUCCAGAAAGGAACAAAAAAGAGGGAAGAGAAGAUGUAUUCGGUCAACAGCCUACCUCCCGACGUACCAGGAAAUUCAUAUUCUGUAUCCUCCAUCAUCACUCAGGCAACCAAAAUACUUCAGAACUGCUACAAGACUAAACUGUCACUAACUCAUAACUAUUAUCUCUGCUGCUGGAAAAUGGUACCCGAGACAGAUGGACGAGAAAUGUUGCCAGUUUUGCUGUAUGAAAAGGUUAUUCCCAGCAUAGGAAGACUCAUCGUGUACUCGGAUCAUAAAGUCCAUGCUGCUUUUUGGGAUGGGGUGACCUUGAAUAUGGUCUGGGAUUUCAGCUCUUCCUAUAGCAAGAUCCAGAUAAACGAAGAUGUAGGCUGGUGUAAGUUAACUACUUCUGAUGGGUUACAGCAGCUAAUACAAAUAAGUCAUCCUGGAAUCUAUGAAAGGUACACAAGAACAGCAAUAAAAUGGUGCAGAAGUUUGAAUGAAAGGAAGGAGAUUCCUGAAUAUACUGAACACUCUGUAACUGAAGAAAAUUGGUCUGCUGAUGUUGAGCUUGAAAAAAUACAGAGAUUUAACCUUUUAUUGGAUAAUAGCAAUGUUCUGGAAGGGACAUCUGCUGCAAAAACCAAUCCAUCUGGUCUUACUGUCAGAAAAACAGAGAAUGAGAGUGAGCCAGAAGGAAUCAGUGAAGGGUACGUCCUGGAGGCUUUGGAAAAAACUUCUAAAGUAAUUCAUGAUAUUGAAUCUCUGCUUGCAGCUUGUGGGAGGUGAAGCCCCAUGGCUUCAUGAAGACCUGUGUUCUGCAUCUUCAUGGGAAUUGUUGCAGUUCUGUCUGAGGAGGCUUCGAGGUGCAAGAGGAAUGAAGGCUUAAGGCAGAGUGACUGAGUUGCUGUUGUACGACCAGAGUUUUGUGUUGUGGAUAGGCAUAAAGAACAGUGAAAUAACAGAGCACAGCUGUAUAAAUGCAUCAGGGCUGACCUGGAAGUGCUGUUUUUAUAUGUAAGAAUGUCUGUUUGAAUCAUGUGAUUUUACAGAGGACUGUACAAGGAACUUAAGUUACUGCUCAAGUGGCUAGGGUGGGGAUAAGCAGUUUUAACUGUAUAAAUACGCUUUUAUGCAGAUGCAUACACUGGGUAGUCCAGUAUUGAAUAGAAAGCUUUCCAAAUGCUUUCUACUUCAUGGUUUUGUAGUAAAUAAGUAUUAAAGUGUCGUCAGUGC